GACACCACUCUGGCCGACCUGCUGAAGCUCGACCUGCACUGCUUUGAAGAGGAGGUGAGAGGAAUCGUGGAUAAGGCUGUUAAAGAGAUGGGGAUGGAGAAAGUCCUCUCAGAGCUCGACACCACAUGGACAGGUAUGGAGUUCCAGUACGAGCCCCACCACCGCACCCAGGUGCCUCUGCUGCGCACGGAUGAGGAGCUCAUUGAGACGCUGGAGGACAACCAGGUCCAGCUGCAGAACCUCAUGACGUCCAAGUACAUUGGGCACUUCCUGGAUGAGGUGUCGUCGUGGCAGAACAAACUGUCUGUUGCAGACUCUGUCAUCUCCAUGUGGUUCGAGGUUCAGCGGACGUGGACCCAUCUAGAGAGCAUCUUCAUUGGCUCUGAGGACAUACGCUCACAGCUGCCUGAGGACUCCAGCCGCUUCGAGGACAUUGACACCAAUUUCAAAAAACUGGCAAACGAAUUGCAACAAACUCCAAACGUAGUGGAGGCCACCAAUAAACCAGGGCUCCUUCCUACGCUUGAGGACAUGCAGAGCAGACUAUCUCUCUGUGAAAAAGCUCUGGCAGAAUACCUGGACACCAAGCGUCUGGCCUUCCCGAGAUUCUACUUCAUCUCRUCAGCUGAUCUGCUGGACAUCCUGUCUAAUGGGACCAACCCUCACCAGGUCCAAAAGCAUCUGUCUAAGCUKUUCGACAACAUGGCUAAGAUGCGAUUUGAAGAGGAUGGARAAGGGAAUCCUUCUAAGACUGGACUGGGCAUGUACAGCAGAGAGGACGAGUACGUCCCCUUUAUGAAGCCCUGUGACUGCACUGGACAGGUGGAGAUGUGGUUGAACCGCGUGAUGGACUCCAUGCGCUCCACAGUUCGCCAUGAGAUGACUGAGGCAGUGGUGGCCUACGAGGAGAAACCCAGAGAGCAGUGGCUGUUUGACUAUCCAGCUCAGGUGGCGUUGACCUGCUCUCAGAUCUGGUGGACGUCUGACGUUGGCAUGGCUUUCACCCGGCUGGAGGAGGGCUAUGAGAACKCCAUGAAGGASUACUACAAGAAACAGGUGACCCAGCUCAACACCCUCAUCUCCAUGCUGGUUGGCAAGCUCACGCCGGGCGAUCGGCAGAAGGUGAUGACCAUCUGUACUAUUGACGUCCACGCCAGAGACGUGGUGUCCAAGAUGAUCACACAGAAGGUGGAGAAUUCUCAGGAGUUUGUGUGGCUCUCUCAGMUGAGACACUGCUGGGGCGAGAAGGAGAAGCAUUGUUUUGCCAACAUCUGUGAUGCCCGCUUUAUCUACUCUUAUGAAUACCUGGGCAACACUCCACGAUUAGUCAUCACUCCUCUGACUGACAGAUGCUACAUCACCCUGACCCAGUCCCUACAUCUGAUCAUGAGUGGAGCUCCAGCAGGUCCCGCUGGGACAGGCAAGACUGAGACGACCAAAGACUUGGGCAGAGCUCUGGGCAUCAUGGUCUACGUAUUCAACUGCUCCGAGCAGAUGGACUACAAGUCCUGCGGGAACAUCUACAAAGGCCUGGCUCAGACGGGGGCGUGGGGCUGCUUUGACGAGUUUAACAGGAUCUCAGUGGAGGUGCUGUCUGUGGUGGCCGUACAGGUCAAGAGUAUCCAGGACGCCAUUCGAGAUAAGAAGGAGAGAUUUAAUUUCAUGGGAGAGGAUGUGAAUCUCUGCCCGACCGUCGGCAUCUUCAUCACAAUGAAUCCCGGCUACGCUGGCAGGACUGAGCUUCCUGAGAACCUGAAGGCUCUGUUCAGACCCUGUGCCAUGGUGGUGCCAGAUUUCGAGCUGAUCUGUGAAAUCAUGCUGGUGGCUGAGGGCUUUAUUGACGCCCGGGUCCUUGCUAGGAAGUUUAUCACUCUCUACACACUGUGUAAAGAGCUGUUGUCCAAACAGGACCACUAUGACUGGGGCCUACGAGCCAUUAAGUCAGUGCUGGUGGUGGCCGGCUCCCUGAAGAGAGGAGACCCCGACAGAGCAGAGGACCAGGUGCUGAUGCGAGCACUGAGAGACUUCAACAUCCCCAAGAUUGUGACAGACGACAUGCCAGUGUUCAUGGGGCUGAUCGGAGAUCUGUUUCCUGCCCUGGACGUGCCCAGGAAGAGAGAUUUGGACUUUGAGAAGCACGUGAAGGCGUCCAUCCUGGACUUGAAGUUACAGGCUGAGGACAAUUUCRUACUCAAGGUGGUGCAGCUGGAGGAGCUGCUGGCCGUGCGCCACUCUGUGUUUGUGAUCGGGAACACCGGCACAGGGAAGAGUCAGGUGCUGAGGUCACUCCAGCGGACCUAUCAGAACAUGAAGCGCAAACCUGUGUGGACCGACCUCAACCCAAAGGCUGUGACCAAUGACGAGCUUUUCGGGAUCAUCAACCCAGCCACCAGAGAGUGGAAAGAUGGCCUUUUCUCCAGCAUAAUGCGUGAUCUGUCCAAUGUCACUCACAGCGGGCCUAAGUGGAUUGUUCUGGAUGGAGACAUUGAUCCAAUGUGGAUUGAGUCCCUCAACACAGUCAUGGAUGACAACAAGGUGCUGACUCUGGCCAGUAACGAGCGGAUCACUCUCAACCCCACCAUGAGGCUGUUGUUCGAGAUCAGCCACCUCCGCACUGCUACCCCCGCCACAGUGUCAAGAGCAGGCAUCCUGUACAUAAACCAAGCAGACCUUGGGUGGAACCCCCCAGUAUACAGCUGGAUUGACAGGAGGGAGGUUCACUCAGAGAAGGCCAACCUGACCAUACUGUUCGACAAGUACCUUCCCUCUUGCCUGGACGUCCUCAGAUUGAGGUUCAAGAAAAUCAUCCCCAUCCCUGAGCAGAGUAUGGUCCAGACGCUGUGCUACUUGCUGGAGUGUCUGCUGAUUCCAGAAAACACCCCACCAGACUCGUCUUUGGAACUUUACGAGCUGUAUUUUGUCUUUGCUGCGGUCUGGGCCUUUGGGGGAGCCAUGUUCCAGGACCAGGUAAUGUCGGUGCUGGAGAAGCCCCUAGAGAAGAAAGCAGGGCGUAACUAUGGACCUCCAGGCAGCAGAAGACUCAUCUACUUCUUAGAUGACAUGAAUAUGCCUGAAGUGGACGAAUAUGGCACCGUGCAGCCUCACACACUCAUACGRCAACACAUGGACUAUAAUCACUGGUAUGACCGUACUAAGAUGGUGUUGAAGGAAAUAAAGAACGUUCAAUACGUGUCCUGCAUGAACCCCACAGCUGGCAGCUUCACCAUCAAUCCACGACUGCAGCGGCACUUCUCAGUCUUUGCUCUGUCAUUUCCUGGAGCUGAGGCCCUGAGCACCAUCUACACCUCCAUCCUGUCUCAUCACUUGAAAGGAGCAGGCUUCACCACUGCCCUGCAGAAGAGCUGCUCCACCCUGGUCCAGUUAGCCCUGGCCCUGCACCAGCGCAUCUCCUCCUCCUUCCUGCCCACCGCAAUCAAGUUCCACUACAUCUUCAACCUGAGAGAUCUCUCCAACAUCUUCCAGGGCAUUCUCUUCUGUACCAGCGAGUGUCUGAAAGCCCCUGCGGACCUGCUGAAAAUCUACCUGCACGAGUGCAACCGGGUCUACAGAGACAAGCUGGUGGAAGAGCAGGACUUCCAGGCCUUUGAUAAGCUGCAGGCGGACACAGUGAAAAAGUUCUAUGAGGACAUGGACGAGACUCUAGAGCAGACCAAGGAGAUGAACCUAUACUGCCACUUUGCCCAAGGGCUGGGGGAGCCCAAGUACAUGGCUGCAGAGUCCUGGAGCACCCUCAACAAAACCCUGCUGGAGGGGCUGGACAACUACAAUGAGAUCAAUGCCACCCUAAACCUGGUGCUGUUCGAGGAUGCUAUGGCUCACGUCUGCCGCAUAAACCGAAUCCUGGAGUCUCCACGGGGUAAUGCGCUGCUGGUCGGAGUGGGCGGCAGUGGCAAGCAGAGUCUGACCCGACUGGCUGCCUUCAUCUCCAGUCUAGAGGUUUUCCAGAUCACCUUGAAGAAAGGCUACGGGAUCGCUGACCUGAAG